AGAUGAGGCAGAAAGAAAACAGUACAAAGACAUAACAGGGACUGCAAAGGGGAUUUUGUCACAGCAGACAGGGUUUCUGCAUAUCCAGGAACAAAGUAUCACUUCUGGUCACAAUGCCUUUCCUAGGGCAGGAUUGGAGGUCUCCUGGGCAAAACUGGGUGAAAACUGAGGAUGGUUGGAAGAGGUUUCUUAAUGAGCAAAUCAACUUUGUCAGUGAAAUCAACAGCUACUGCAAUGAUGCACACAACAAGGAAAAUAUCUUCAAUAAUCUAAAUUAUGAUAUUGCUGCCAAAAAGAGAAAGAAGGAUCUCCUAAAUAACAAUACAAAGAUACAAUAUCUUCACCAAGAGAAAUGGAUCUAUGUACACAAAGGGAGUACAAAAGAGAGACAUGGAUAUUGUACACUUGGUGAAGCAUUCAAUCGCUUGGAUUUUUCCACUGCUAUCCUGGACUCCAGAAGAUUCAACUAUGUAGUGAGACUACUAGAACUUAUCGCCAAGUCACAGCUGACAUCCUUAAGUGGAAUUGCACAAAAGAAUUACAUGAAUAUUUUGGAAAAAGUUGUUCAGAAAGUUCUGGAAGAUCAGGAAAAUAUUCGCUUGAUCAAGGAAUUACUGCAGACUCUUUACACAUCACUGUGUACUCUGGUCCAGAGGAUUGGCAAGUCUGUUCUUGUUGGGAAUAUUAACUUCUGGGUCUAUAGGAUGGAAAAUAUUGUUGACUGGCAGCAACAACUAAACAACAUCCAGAUUAAAAGGCCCACUGUAAAGGGAAUGACCUUAACAGACUUGCCCUUGUGCCUCCAACUGAACAUUAUGCAGAGGUUAGCAGACGGGAGAGACAUUGUGUGCCUUGGCCAAGUUUCAUCUGAUUUACAAGUACUCAGUGAAGACCGUCUUUUGUGGAAAAAACUGUGCCAGUAUCAUUUUACAGAACGGCAGAUUCGUAAAAGACUUAUCAUAUCAGACAAAGGGCAGUUGGACUGGAAAAAGAUGUAUUUUAAACUGGUACGCUGUUACCCCAGGAGAGAGCAAUAUGGAGGCACGCUGCAACUCUGCCGGCACUGUCACAUUCUCUCAUGGACGGGUACAGAACACCCCUGCACAGCAAACAACCCAGAAAGUUGUCUGGUUUCUUUGUCUCCACAAGAUUUCAUCAACCUAUUCAAAUUCUGAGGUUCUGGCUUAACUCCUUUUUUAUUCUUAAACUACUUUGGAUUCCUGUGGAACACACUAUUCCAGGCUGAACUUGCUCACAUAAUCUGUAAAUAUGGUACAGUUUGACUUUACAUGACCAUUAUGUGGGACGACAAGUGAGCAAAUCAGAGGAUACUUGAGUGUUGAUGUUGGACUUCUCAAGUAGAAUGAAUUGGAAAUUGUUGAGUAUUUAGCAAAGCAGAGACGAUCACAAUGUUGAUUUAAAGAAAACAAGCAAGAUGAUUACUGAUAAUGCAACUAUUAGGAUGUGAAUCCGUUUCAAGACUGAAAAUAAGAGAUGUAGAUUUGGGUUUUUUCAUGGAAAACAAACUGGUUUCAUUGAUGGAUACUAUUAAGUUACAAAGGAAAUGGGGCUUCCUCUGUCUGUAGCACUCAAUCCCUGUGAUCGGAUACCACACUGACUUCUACCUCUUGCUGACAAAGCACUUAGUAAUCUACUCUAUGCAGUAGGGCCUACUACAAUGGUGUAUAAUAUUAUUAUUAUUUUUAUCUUCAGUAAAAUUACUAAACCAAACCGUACAAUGGUUGAUAGUUAUCAUAUUUGGGAGUAAAGAUUGUAUUAAUGUGUUUUUUUGUUUUAAACUUAAGAACUUUUUCCCAACACUUAAGAGGCUGUUGUAUUAAAAAAAAAAAUCUACCAUUCUUUUGAAAGAUCAUACAUGUUAAGGACAACUGUAAAAUCCAUUUACAUUUACUGUAAAAUCCAUUUACAUUUAAAGGGACACUGUAGACUGAAAUUUUUCUCUACUUCAAUGCGUUCCCGAUGGUCCAUUUUACCUGAUGGAUUAUAUUUAAUUGUUUGCAAGCAUUUCCUUUGCCUUUAUUUUGUCAUUUGAAAUGGCUGCUUUUGUCUGUAACCACACCUACCCUGAAAAUAUGAAUAACAAACAUAUCCCAGUGGGGGGGCAAGAGAAAGAAAAUCUGAAAUGACUGGUUGUACUCACCCAUAAUUAGCAUUUAAAGGGACACUGUACCCAAAUGUUUUCUUUCAUGAUUCAGAUAGAGCCUGCAAUUUUAAGCAACUUUCUAAUUUACUCCUAUGAUCAAAUUUUAUUCAUUCUCUUGGUAUCUUUAUUUUAAAGGCAAGAAUUUAAGUUUAGAUGCCGGCCCAUUUUUCGUGAAUAACCUGGGUUGUCCUUGCUGAUUGGACAGCACCAAUAAACAAGUGCUAUCCAUGGUUCUGAACCACAAAUUGGCUGGCUCCUUAGCUUAGAUGCCUUCUUUUUCAAAUAAAGAAAGCAAGAGAACGAAGAAAAAUUGAUAAUAGGAGUAAAUUAGAAAGUUGCUUAACCCUUUAAGGACACAGCUUUCAGUUUGCUCAAUUGUUUUAUGACGGAAAAAUUCCGUCAUAUGUCCUUAAGAGGUUAAAAUUGCAUGCUCUAUCUGAAUCAUAAAAGAAAAAAAAUUUGGGUUCAGUGUCCCUUUAAUACCCAAGUUUAUACAUAGAUAACAUUAGCAGGUCUGCUUUACUGGCAGAGUCAGCCCAUUUUGGGCCAGAUUACAAGUACAGUGCUAAUUUUUAAUUUUAUAAUUACAAGUGGCUGGUUAUUGCUACCGCAAGCUCUCAUUAGCAAUUAGUGCUUAUAAAAUUAACCAGAGAUCCGAUCUCUGGUUAAUUUUAUAAUUGUCCACAAAAUGUCCCUAAACUUAAGUGUAAUAUAUUUUAUUAAAAUAUAAAAAAUAGCAGCAUCUUUAUACCUUUUUUAGAGCUUUAAAGUUGGCGGCUUUGGGGUGUUAGAAAAAAAAAAAAAAACGGCACUGAAAAGUAUCUAUGGGAAUUUUGUUCCCAGUUAAUGUAUAUGCUUAUAUAAAUAUAUAUUUAUAUUUGCUGCGUAUCUUACCCCCCUUCGCUGCGCUAGUUCUGAUUCCGUGUAUGACAGCAAACGGAAUAAGGCUCCCAUUGGAGCCUAUGGAAGCACGCUCUCAUGAGCGUAAUGCUUCCUAGCAAUGCAAGCUCUCAUAAGCAUUGCUGUCAACUUGUAAUACCAGCGCACAUUACCAUGCACUGGUAUUACUCAGUGGAGCGCUAAUAUUGCUUUUGCGAAAGCAAUAUUUAGCAAUCCACUUACCCUUUAUGGCUUGUCCUUGAGAAGAACAAUGGUUUCAAUGAGCAAAAAGUUAUUUCAAAUACAAAAAUAAAUAUAAAGGAAUAAUUUAUUAUUUAAUACUCUGUACUAUAAAACCUGUUUCCCUUUAAAGCGUUUCAAAUGACUUGUUAUACCGGCUGCAGUGUCCCUCUAAAAUGAGACUAAUAUCAUCUGUUUACUUCCUGUUAAUGCUGGCUGAUAGGUACAAUGAGCAGUACGUACAUAGCUGAUAAAGCUGUAUUCAUCUUUAGUUUAAAUUUAAGCAACUUUGAAAUGUUGCUUUUUCAUGCGGAUGCUAGGAAAUGUUUGAGAAUAAUGUGCCAUUCUCUUUCACUUUAGAGAACCAAACCAAAGGGAAUCUAUAGAAUGUGCAGUAUUUGUUUUAAGGUUUGUUUGUCUGUUUUUUUUUUUUUGUUUGUUUUUCUCCUCAAUCUUGCAUUUUGGUUUGAAUGUGUGAAUAGUAUACAUUUUUAUUUUUUUUAAAGGUCUUAAAGAAAAUCCCCAUAAUAAGAAACAUUCUUUCCAAGCACGUUUUUGAAUUCCAUUUACAGCACUUGGCAGAAUUAUUCUAUAUCUUUUCACAUAUAAGCACUUUUUUUACAUUUAUACUUGUAGUGCUUCCGAGAUAUAUGUAAAUAUUGAUGCUUUCAGCUGCUCCGGAUGGCAGAAUAUAUUCCAUAACCUUAGUGUAUUUCUGCAUUAUUUCAGGAUUUUCACCAUUUAUGGAAGGAGUAAGAGAAACGUGGGAAUAAUUAAAUAUAUAUUUACAUAUUUAUUAACACUUGACUGGGCUGAACCAGCAUAAUGUUAUAUGUAAGUCUGCAUUUAAUUCUUCACUGAUGUGCAGAUAAUACUGGUGCAUAUGGGAAGAGUAACGCUCACCUAAAACUGAAACACUAUAUUUUAUAUACAAACAAAGAAGGAGCUUGUGUGACUGUUAAAUGUCAUUAAUCAGAAUGUAACAAAAUAUUUUUAAAGUCUAAUAAGGGAAUUUCUCAUCUCACUACUUUUUUUUUUUUUUUUGUAUUGAUUGUGUCUUUAUGUAGAGCACUUAAAGUGAUGUUAAAGCCUUAGGCCGCCCACGGCAAAAAAAUAUUUUUCAGUGAGGUGAUCUUAGCCAAUAGCGUGCUAGCUAUCUAGCAUAAUGCCAGCUGGGCUGCACGGCUAUUGGCUAAGAGGUGGAAACGUCACCUCAUUGCAAAAAAUAGCGUUCUGCUGCAGGCUUCAUAAAUGAAAGUCCCAUUUGUUGCACUGGUAAAUCCUAGCGUUUCAAAAACGCUAAGAUUUACCAUCACUUUAAAGCUUGUGCUAUGGUGUUUGUUAUACGCAUGUCCAUUUUAGUGGUCUUGUAGAUAUCACAAACAUAGUGUUUUUGUUUGUUUUUUUUUAUUUAUGAAGGAAUUUAUGUUUUAAUGUUAUAUCUUUAAAAGCCAGCAAAAAAAAAGAACUUUCAAACUUAUAAAUCGUCUGCUUGCAUGAAAUUUAAACCAUUGGUGCAUUUUACUGCGCAUUUUAAUGAACACUGGGUUCCAAACGCCAUUGGUUUUAGAUCCAGUUUUUAUCUUCUGAAAUGUUUCCUGAAAACAGGUGUCUGCUUUAUAUCUGCAAUCCACUGCACAACCUUUACAUUUUGACUGCACAUCUGUGCUAAGAGGCACUUUAAAAAAUGGUUCUGUUCCAGCCAGUUUAACAUAACUUAUUCAGUUAUAAUACUACACAUAUUGCUACUUAGGAACUUGACUUUUGAGUUCUAUAUUUGAAUCUCCAUUAUUAUCCCCAUAGUACAAAAACACUACAUACUAAUACACUUGUGAUUAUAGACUUAUAAACAAAUACACUCCAAAUAGUCACAUUUUAUAUAAUAACAUAAUUUUUAUUUUAUAGUUUCCUCACUAUGCACUUAUAAAGGGGCUUUGUAUGUAAUGAAUAAACCUGCAUUUUCUUGCCAGGCUUAUUGACACCAAUUGAGCUGUGACUUGGUACACUUGCAUCCAUUUCCUCCUAAUUUUUAAAUUUUAUCCACUUUUAUGUAAAAUAUUUUUUGCACAGAUAAAGGGGAAAUGGAAAGUAAACGCCUAGUAAUUACAAGACGUUCUGUUUUUGCUAUAAAAUAGCAUUUAAAUAAUAAUUUUACAGCAGUCUAAACUUUUAAAAAACAAAUUAACAUCCUUUUUGCUGCAGUUGUUUUUCAAUAGCCAAAGUUCACCCACCACUUGCUUUAUCUGGGGAGCCAAUCAGGGAUUGUUUCUGGGUAAAACCAGGCUAGAUAAUGUCAUCAUGUUAACUUCAAAACAAUGAAGUUUAUACUAUCUGCUGAAGAUAGUCAUGGAAAGAUAUGUAGCAGGGUCAGCCUUUUACACCUUUUUCUUACAGACCUGGAUCUUAUUCACUUUUUAUCUCUUUUUAAUAUGAAUCACCUUUAGUUUUUUCUGCAAUAACUCCUGGGAUGACCACUGGUUUUGUUAUGCAGUGUGUCAACUGUAAAUGUGUUUUGUUGACUUUUUUUUUUUGUACAGAUGAGUCAAAAGUAUCCCAACCAAGGGCUCAUUUCCAAUGAGGUGGUAAAGUUUGGAAAAUGAUGAUAAAAACAUUUAUCUCCAUUAAAGUCUAUGGAUAAUUUUUGGGUUACCACCAGAUUCCAAACUUUGCCACCUCAAUGGAAACUAGACCCAAGUAAGGUGUGUUACUGACGCUGCUUUUAUUGUUUACCUUAAACAUUCACAACACACGUACAUGCAUGUGUAUGUGUAUAUGUAUGUAUGUAUGUGUAUAUAUAUAUAUAUAUAUAUAUAUAUAUAUAUACACACAAAGGGACAGUUAAAGCAUUUUGAAUGCUGAUGAUCUAUUCUACAUGUAUUUGGUAUGAUUAUUGAUUCUGUUUUUCAGCCUGUAUUUACAUAUCUACUGUUUGAUAAAUUUACAUAAGAGAAGUUUGUGCUAACUGCCACUUUCUUGUAUUUAUUGAGUGUUUAUAUUGUGGAUUUUUUUUUACAAUGUUUUUAAUUUUAUUUGUAUGGGUAUGUGGUGCAAGAACAGAGCUCUGUGAAAUGCACAUUUUGUAGUUGAGUUUUAUUAGUAUGAUUUUUUUUUUUUUUUUUUUUUUAAUUUCAUAUUCAUUUUUUUAUGCAAUGGAUUACCAGGAAAAAAAUGUUCUGUGUGGUCAGAUAACAGAUUGCUCGGUGGUAUGGAAUUUGUGCAACAGUGACCUGUUGGGCUCUAUUAACGUUUAAUGAAUAUGUUCAUUUAAAAGGAUAUUAUUUGUAAAUAUGGAGUGUACAGUGUUUAAAUAUUCUCCAGUGAAAAUAUUUUUAAUGCUUUAUAUGCAAUGCCACUUUACUGUGUUUUUUUUUUUUUUUUUUGUGUUUUUUUACAAUAAUGUGCAGGUAAGAUUGCAAUGAUGUAUUUAAAUCAAUGUGUACUUUGAGAGAGUUCUAACAAAAAGGACCAUAAAAAAAUGACACAAUCUGUGAAGGUUUUGAAUAAUGCAAUAAAACACUAUCUGCUAUCUA